AUGACGCUCACGAUCAACACCGACAUGCUUAUCGAACGGCCGCCGUCUCGUGCUCAUCCCCCGUCUCCCGUGGGUCCACGCCCUCAGAAGCCCCGACCAGUGUCUGCUUUCGUCACGACUCCAAGGCCGUCGCAAGACCCUCCGCAGUUCUUCUCGCCUAACUUGCAAGCCCGGCCGAUGUUCCCGACUCUUCAGCGCGUGCAAACCGAUUCGGCGGCUUCGCCUGGACAGGGACAUUCGCAGAGCGCCUUUGCGCAGCUCCAGGCUCGCGAACUUCCUCCGCCUCCCGUGCGGCGCGGCUCUGCUCCUCCACCAAUUGGCUGGGCGGGUCUCUCUCCGGGCGUCCCUCGAUCCAACUAUCGUGCCUCUAUGGCGGCCCCCUCGCCUGUCAUUCAUGCUCCCAUGCCCGUUCAGGCGCCCGCUACUCCUAUGCUGCCGAUGAUCACCGCGCCCAAGGUCCCAGAUGUCAAGCUACAGCAGACAUUUGAUCAGUAUGCGGACAUGGUGAAUCUACAGGCUGCUUCUUGGAACGCGUCUCAUGUCGACCGUCCCACUGGUUCUGCGCGCGAGCCUCUUGAUGAUCGCAUGGACAUCACUGAGGACAGGGUCGCCUCGGGCACGGGCCGUGCUGGCCCAUGCGAGGCCAUGGAUACAGCGUCUCGUACUUCCGUCAUGAACGACAAAGAGAAUUGCGCCGUGAAUGGGACAAGCCCGAAGGCCCACAGACACGAUAACGCACACAAUGCUGGCGGCCUGGGCUUCGGACACUCUGUGCCUAUGGCGAAAGAGAUGGGCAACUUAGUCUUCUUCAACGAACCGGCGCAUAAGGACCAGCACAAAGACAAGAAGGAUCGCCGCAGUCGACCUCCUGCUCUAGAUCUUUACGGGACUCCCUUACUUCAGAAGAGGGCUACAUUCUCGAUGAUUGGGUCUCCCUCGCCGAUGUCUCCUCCUGCUUCACUCAUCGGGUCGCCUGUGGUCGGCGAGUUCAAGGGCUGGUUUUCCAACUUGUUCCACUGGAAGGUGCAGUCCUAUCUGCUUUACUCGGUCAGCGACAUCCACACGACGCGUAACGAGACCCUCCGUCUGCUUGACUUGUUUGGAAUUGUCUGGGUGCUCGAGGAGAACCAUGGUUGGCAUGUCAUCAAGUGCCGCACGGACGACACGCAGGACGGACCAGCGGCGCUGCACAAGCAGGUUCGGUUCCGCAUUGAGGUGUCUCCCACCGCCGGCUCUCAGGGCUACUCUCAGCCUGGCGCCACGCCUCGUCUUUCGCAGAACACCAUGUCUCCCCAGGCCUCCAGCGCGUCGCGCUUCAAGGCCGAGCGGAUGAAUGGGCACGAAUCUGUCAUCGGCCUAGUGCUCGAGAAAGGCGCUGUGUCGACGUUCAAGAUGAUCUACCACCGUCUGCGUUCGGAGUGGCGGCUCGACACUCUGCAGUCCCCGCUAGUAGCCAUGAUGGGAGGCGGCACUCCCAGUAUCGAACAGCGCUUCAUGUCGUGA